UUAAUGUCACGAUGGCCAGGUAUCCAGUAAUAUUACUUUUGUUCAUAUCUUCAAUUUUGCUUAACAACGUGAACACACUUAUACCAGACGGUUUAUCCAAAUUAUUCGGUAACCUGGCUACGAUCAAAAAUGUAAGGAUUCCCGAGUUAUUAAAUCAAUUGUGCAACGAAUCGCAAGGUACCAACGUUACGCGACGCGAUGCCUGUUACGGUUGCUUUUAUCGUGCUAGUAGCCAAUCCACAGGAUAUCCUUUGAUAUUGGCAAUGGCUAACUGUGCGGAUAUGUAUCUGAAUAAUACAGAUUAUGGUCAUUGCCAAGUAUAUUUGAGAAAUGCUACGAAUAACAUUAGUAACAGAGUCAGUCCUGUUACGAUUUAUUGUACUUUCCUCCAAUGUAUUCGACAAGUUAACAAGGACACCCUGCGUGCUGCCAUAAGAGAAGAAGGAGUUGCGAUAAACUUGGAAACACGAAGGAUGAAUUCCGGCUUUAUAUUAAAAGUAUAUCCUCGCAUUUUGAGAGCUGUUUGCGUAUUCAGAGAGCAAAAUGCCGAUUCCAUUACCGUACGACCCGGAGCAGAGCCCAUCAAUCCAAGGUCCUUAUAGUCCUUGAAAAUCCUAACUAGAAACUUGGCCCAAAUCACAUCUUCGCCGCUUUAAUUACAUGCACCAAGAGUCCACAUACAAGUCAAUGAACGUGCCUUGUACAUAUAUACAUAUGUAUUUGUAUGUACCUACCUGUAUAACGUGUACAUAUAUAUAAAAUCCUUUUCUAUGCAAUUAGCAUGUAUUAUAAAACUACAAUCUAUGGUGUAUCAUAAAAAUUCUUUGCAUCGACGAACAACACACAUUGUUCGUUUUGUUUUUUAUCUUGUAUAUAUAUAUAUAUGUGGGACAAGCGCCUCCAUACCAAACUUAUGGGGCGUUCGUGAAAAGGAUUGGUCGGUGGGCCCUGGAUAGCUCAAUUGGUUAAAGAGCAGUCGCCCGGAAAGCAAAAAAUCCAUGGUUCGAGUCCCGGUCCAGUUAGUUCAGCUGUCCAAUUUUUUUCACGAAUCCCACACAUGGGGGCUUAGCCGGGAUGGAGGUCUGUUUCGUAGCAUGUUCCACAGUCUUACAACGCCACAAAAAGAGGAGAUGAUGUUGGGUGGCAUAUAACAUUCGGGGUCGAAUGUUGUUAAAGGGGGGGUGGAAUGUGGAACGAGCGCCUCCAUACCAAACUUAUCGGGCGUUCGUGAAAAGGAUUGGUCGGUGGGCCCUAGAUAGCUCAAUUGGUUAAAGAGCAGUCGCCCAGAAAGCGAAAGAUUCAUGGUUCGAGUCCCGGUCCAGUUAGUCCAGCUGUCCAAUUUUUUUCACGAAUCUCACACAUGGAGGCUCAGCCGGGAUGGAGGUCUGUUUCGUAGCAUGUUCCACAGUCUUACAACGCCACAAAAAGAGGAAAUGAUGUUGGGUGGCAUAACAUUUGGGGUCGAAUGUUGUUAAAGGGGGGGUGGAAUGUGGGACGAGCGCCUCUAUGCCAAACUUAUUGGGCGUUCGUGAAAAGGAUUGGUCGGUGGGCCCUAGAUAGCUCAAUUGGUUAAAGAGCAGUCGCCCGGAAAGUGAAAGAUCCGUGGUACGAGUCCAGGUCCAGUCGGUCCAGCGGUCCAAUUUUUUUCACGAAUCCCACAUAUAUAUAUAUUUGAAAGUAAGUUAUUUGAUUAUAUCCAAGGUUGCGUUUAAAAACCAUUUGCAUCCGUAAGCGUAAUAAUCCCAAGCGUGUCUAAAAAAAAAAAAAUUCGAAAUUGUUAAUUAAUUACAACCAAAUUUGAUCUCUUUUAUUGCCAUUGAUAGUAAUCAAUUAAUACUCCUAAUUAAAAUUAAAAUUUGAAAAGUAAUUUAAUUGUAUAUUAAUUUGAAAUAAAAUGAGCAUAUACGAGUCCAAUGAUCGGUUGAGUGUCUCGAAUUGAUAAAAUUAGAAUAUUUAAAACAUGAAUGCAAAUGGAUUUAAAUAACCUUUACCUUAAAACACACCCUAUAAUAUAAUG